UGUGUAUGAGAGAGCGAGCGAGUGUGCAAAGACCGUGCGGUGGAGUUAUAUUGCCAUUACGCGCUAUUACGCACGGACUUUCAGGAGAAGAUCGCUCAGCUUUAAAGGAGCGGGAUUCGGAUUCCUUGCACACACAGGAACAAGAAAGAAGCUUUCAUUAAGGUUCACCACAGCCUGAUCUUCACAGCAGAGUAAAGCAGAGCCAACUGCCAGUCAUCCGCACAGGAAUGGUGGAUCACUUACCACUUGGUGAGGAGACCUUCCUGUAUUAUACCGGCUCCCCAAAGUCUGACUAUAGCUGCCUCUGUUGCCACACUAAUGGUGGCAUCAUGGUGACUGAUGCAUGUACCUACCACCACCACCACCACCACCACCACCCGUACCAAGGAGUGACUCUCUCCUCCUCUCCUCGGCUCUCUGAGGAUGACCUCAGUGACUCCUCUAGCCCUCGUUCGUCCCUCUGCUCUAGCCCCGAGUCCUCACCCCCGGUGGCACGACAUGUUCUCAGCUCCAGCUAUGAAAGCAGGAGCAGCAGGAGCAGUGGGAGCUCCUCGGGAGGAGAGAGUCAAGACAGCCUGCUGGACCUCCUGCUGUCUCAGGCCUCCCAUACCACCUCAUUAAGUUCUAACACCAACAGCAGUACUCUCUCAUCUCCUCUUUCAUCCUCUCUCUGCCUGUCCUCUCCACCUUCUUCCACCUCUUCGUCUCCUACUGCCCCCCUUUUACCCACAGGACUGGCUUGGGAGCAGCAGCUGAGUCUACUCCAGCAGCAGGCCAAAGAGGAUUCUUAUGAGUUCCCAGUCUUCCUUGAUGAGCUUCAGGAUCCUGCAGCGUUCCUAUUUCAGCCCACUCUGGAGGAGAUUGAGGAGUUUUUAGAGGAGAACAUGGUUGUGGCAAUGGAAAAAGAAGAAGGGUGCGAGGAGGUGAUGUCCCCAACGUCAGAGGCAGAAAAUUCAAGGACAUUAGCAGAAGAACUUGAGUUAGUGUUGCAGAACUCAGAUCAAACUGUGCCUGUGGCUCAUUCUCCACUCUCCUCCCACACAGAGACCAAACAUGCACCAUGUGCAUUAGACAUGGACAGCUCAUCGUCAUCAGUAGAUGCUAGCUGUGUAGCUAGCUGUGCUAACAGUCCUGCAGAUGGGAUCAAACAGGAGGACUGUGGAUCACAGCCUUCCUCAUCAGAAAGUUCCAGCUCUGCUUCUUCGGUGCCUGUCAUCUUACAAAUCCAGCCCAUACAGAUCAAACAAGAACCAAACUCCGGUGCCAUAUCAGAGUCUGACACCCAGAAUCCCCAGAAAUCUCAGUCCCAACAAACCCUGGCCCCAACCGAUAUCAAAAUAGCUCAGCUCCUGGUUAACAUUCAGGGGCAGACCUUUGCCUUAGUGCCUCAGCUGCUUUCUCCAGCUAACGCUGCAAACUCAAGCAAAGCCGGAGUCACAGCUUCAUCCAAAUUUGUCCGGAUUGCGCCGGUGCCCAUUGCAGCUAAACCUUCAGGGCUUGUGGAAGGUGGGUUAGGUGGCGGUUCAACUGCAGGCGUGUUCACAGGAGGUCAGAGGUACCAGAAGAGUGCAGUCGCAGACCUUAUUAAAAUGCACAAGUGCUCUUUUCCUGGCUGUAAUAAGAUGUACUCCAAGAGCAGCCACCUUAAAGCUCAUCUCAGGAGGCAUACGGGGGAGAAGCCAUUUGCUUGCACAUGGCCUGGCUGUGGAUGGAGAUUUUCUCGAUCAGAUGAGCUGUCCCGACACCGUCGCUCCCACUCAGGGGUGAAACCGUACCAGUGUAUAGUCUGUGAGAAGAAGUUCGCUCGCAGUGAUCACCUGUCGAAACACCUCAAAGUCCACCGCUUUCCACGAAGCAGCAGGACAGGACGCUCUGCAAAUGGACCCCUCUGACCCCGCUCUGGCAGGCUGAUGGAGCUGAGGGAAGGGGAGGGAAUGACAGAGGAGGGGCGGGGUGGAAGGGUGACAGUCCAGAUGCCCUUUAAAGGAGUUUGUACAGGACUCCUUUUUUGCCCAGAUGUGUUUAUGUUCAAACGCGUGUGCGUGACGUACACUCAUGGUACUGUGAUAAUUUAUUGGGUGACAAGGAAAAGACUGUAAAAAACUAAAACAGAAAACUGUUACUUGACAAAGCACCCUCACAGGUGGAAUAAGCUUCUUGUAUAUUACAACUUUAUUCUCAGAUAUUUUAGCUAAUCUAAUUUGAAGAAAGAAUUGCUAUUUUUUACACUUUGAGGUGUGUGCUAUUGCUAAUGUUCAAUCAAAAGCCUUAUAUCAAUAGAAAGGUACACUGGGGGGUUGGCUACUAUUUAAAACUGCGGAUGCUAUGGCGACGAGUUUACUAGUUGUUUAAACGAGAAAAAAGGAAUCAGACUAGUUGACUAGUCUAAAAGGCAGAACACUCAAAACUGAGCCCAGUCUAAUGGACAAGUUUAACAUUGGCUAUACAAAUAUUGUAUAAACUGUUAAUCACAUUCCUCCGUAAUCAAAUCAUGCUUUAAAUGUGUGAUAUGUGUGGCACUUUGUGCUGUGCAUAAUGUUGCACACACACACACACACAAUGAUUAGUUUGCAAGUGUAGCUAACAUUAGCUAGCGCUAGCACCAGCAGCCCUCCCUUCUUGCAUGCUAGCAGCGCUGACAUACAACCCUUCAUUUUCUGUAUCAACAAGUUGUUUAGCAAGAGCAGUAACAUUUAAAUGCCUGGUCAACUAGUCGCAUACAUCCCUGUUUAAAAAUCUCCAUUUUUCUAUACUCGUCCCGGAGCCAAAUAUUUUGAAAAGUAAUAUUAGCAAAAACUUACUGCUUAACGGCUUGAAUUUAAUUUGUUGCACGGCAACAAGAGCUUACUGGGCAUAGUAGGAAGUAAUGGGGACUAUUAAGGUCCUGUUUAAUUCUUUCUCAAUAGAAAAAAAAGACAUCAACAUUCCAUUAUUUUUGAAUCAGUCGCUUUGUUGCCUUAGGGGUCUGUAGUGACCUUGAACAUAAGAACAAAGCCCAAGUUCAUGCUGAAUUGCGACUCACGAAAAAAUAUCAUGUAAUUUGCACUGAUACACAUGACAUUUUUUGUUUUUCUUCUCAUACUGAGGAUUUGGAGAAUUUUCUGUUGUCUGACUCUUUUUGAUUCAUCUUGUCAAAACAUUGCUAAUCCUAAUAAUUAUAAACUUUAUGUCUUUUUAAAAAAAAAUCAGAGCAGUUCAGCUACAUCCACUGAUGAGCCUGAUAAUAUUUCAAAGCCAAGCUUUAAAACUGUGUCUUUGUUCAUCUCAUAUGUCACAACUUCUCUUUAAUGAUCUUGUUACAGCAUAUCAAUUAUUACUUAAUGUGACUUUAUUUACUUUAUGUCACUGCUGUCAUAUGAUACAAAAUGCUGGUAUCAAUGUGAAUCUUACAUCUUGAUUUUUUUAAAAACUUUUGAAAUUACAUGAAAUGAUUUGCAUAUAAAAUAUCAAAUAGUUUUUCUAUUUGGUAGCCAGUUGAUGAGACUAGAACAAAGAGCACCAAAGCAAAUGCAUUAAUGACAGACUGUGUAACUUUUGCUAAAGAAUUGGCCAAAGUUGUCAUAAGUUACAGGAUUGUAAAAAGUUAGCAAGAAGUUAGUCAGCCACCAAAGCUAGUGUUAGCUAACUUAUAUUAGCUAAUGAAUAAAGUAUAAUUGGAGGCAAAAUACCCAUAGUAUUGCAUUUUUAAAAAAGAGCGCUGUAUCGCUGAAGAAUUUAAGAUUUUAUUUAUAAGAGAAUAAAUGUAUUGCCGCUCUCAAAAGUUGCAAUGACUUGUUUUAACAUAUGAAAUAUUUUGUGCCUAGCUUAAAGAGGUACCAAACAGCCAUUUUUUUCCACUUUCCUCCACAGAUCAAAACUUUAAAAAGCUGAUUUAAUUGGACGUUUUUUGCACUUGUUAUCCACUGAGAGUAGAGGUUUGGUGUCAUUGCAACAUUAAAUAACUCAUCUAAAGGGAAUCUUUAUGAAUAAUUUCUCUUACCGUGAUCUUACCUAAAUGUGAUUUGUUACAGCACAUUUUUCACAGUGAAUAUCACAUUCAAAAGUAUCCAAGAAACAUUAUUGUCUGUCCUUGGUUUUGAACAUACUGGUUGUUCUAAUAGAGAUAUUGCACUGUAAAGGAACAGUGACUGUUAAGCUUUUUUCAUAUCUCACCUACCUGCAUAGAUUGCUUUAAUCUCUUAUUCUGCGUUUCAGUUGAAUCAAACCAAACAUCGUGGUAGGAAAAGCAGAUGCUGCACGGCUGCUGAGUUCAGAGCAAAUUUCUGUGCCAUAAAUUUGAGAAUCAUUUGACAAAAUUCAGUAUUCAAACCGAUUUACAAUCGGGUAUUAAGAAAUAGAUGCUUUGUGACUUUAGAAAUGAAUGAUUUGCAGAAAUGAUUGUCAAAUUCUUCUGAGUGUUUGGUGCGCCGCCCCUGACACUACAUGAAAGAAGUGUAUUAACUCAGUCAGCCAUUCCUUCCAUGCAAUUAGAAGAAACACUUUACUGAAUGGGUGUCAUACAUGAGCCCGUGAAUGUAUGUAAAUACUGUAUAUUCAUCUAAAAGAGAACUGAAAUAUUCUUCUAGUGAUUUCUGUGAUUGUGAAAGAUUUUUAAGAUUGUAAAGAAAGUGUACAUAACAUGAUAAUUCAAAUAUAUUGUUUAAAAAUUAGGUAACUUAGUUUUUGUGAGGUGUGUACAUAACACAUUAUAAAAUUAUCAAAUGUUUCAUGAUGCGGCUGUGAUUUUGUAAAAAGUCAAAAAAUACAUUUGAGCAACAAUUUAUUUACCUGCACUUGUUUUGGUGUUGAAAAUAAAAUAACAUCUGAGCGAGCUGAAAAAUAAGAGUGUCAGAUAAUGUGUUAUGAAACACGUCAGUUACAAAUGUGUUCUGUACAUACCCAACACAAAAAAGAAGAGCCAAAAAUGUUAUUUUUUUGCUUUUGU